UAGAAGCGUUUACAUCCGCUGGCUGUGUUUCUUGUUUUAUGUGCGGAAGGAGCGUAAUGUGAAAGUUAAUCUUUUGAUGUUUUAAUGACUAUUGAUUGAGAAAGUCUUUAUUUUAACACAAUCAUGGCACGUUCCUUGAUACCAAGUCAGCAAAAGCUAAGUGAAAAGCUGACUAUUUUGAAUGACAGGGGCGUUGGCAUGCUGACUCGCAUUUAUAACAUUAAAAAAGCAUGUGGUGAUAAUAAGUCAAAACCAACUUUCUUAAGUGACAAAAGCUUGGAAUCAGCGAUUAAGCAUGUUGUACGCAGGUUUCCAAAUAUUGAUGCUCGUGGGAAUAGUUCUCAACUCAAUGCAGUUUUCAGUAUUCGCCAAGAAAUAAUGAAAUCCUUAUCUUUAUACUAUUAUACCUUUGUAGAUUUGUUGGAUUUUAAGGAUCAUGUUUGUGAACUCUUAACAACUCUUGAUGCUUGUCAAUUGCAGCUGGAUAUAACUACUAGCUUUGAUCUAACAAAAAACUACUUAGACCUUAUUGUUACUUAUAUGUCAUUAAUGAUUCUCUUGUCGAGAGUUGAAGACAGGAAAGCAGUGUUGGGUCUGUUUAACACAGCCCAUGAAAUGACGCAUGGUCAUAAUGAUCCUACUUUUCCUCGCAUGGGACAGUUAAUUUUAGAUUUUGAUAACCCACUAAAAAAGUUAUCUGAAGAGUUCAUUCCACAUUCAAAACUACUUUUCCAAGCUCUGAUGUCACUACAACAGGUAUUUCCUCGUCGAAACUUGACUGUAGAAGAAUGGCGUAAAAGCCAAAUGCUGAGUUUAGUUGCUAGCCCAGUUCAAAUGUUGAAUCCUGCCCAGACUGAAACAAUGCCCUGUGAAUAUCUAUCAUUGGAUGUUAUGGAGCGAUGGAUUAUAUUCGGAUUUAUCCUAAUUCAUCAAUAUUUGAGUCAGCCACCUGCUCAAGAGCUAUUUCAAAGUGCAUUACAUGGUGGAUGGGUACACACUCUUUUCAGGGAUGAAGUCUUGCAGACGCAUUUGUAUAUUCAACAGUUCUUUGAAUCUAUCAAAGGGUAUAAUAAGAGAGUUUCUGAAGUAAAGGAGUGUUUUAAUUAUGCUGUUCAAAAUGCAUGUCUUGUUCGUCGUGAGAGGAGGAAAUUUCUUAGAAUAGCAUUAAAAGAAUUAGCUUUGAUUCUUGCUGACCAACCUGGAUUGUUAGGACCCAAGGUGCUAUUUGUAUUUAUGGGAUUGUCUUUCGCAAGAGAUGAAGUACUUUGGUUACUCAGGCAUUGUGAAAAUCUUCCUCAAAGGCAUGGAGGCCGGACUCGAACUUCAGCUGAAGAUUUAGUUGACAGGCAGCUUCCUGAAUUAUUGUUUCAUAUGGAAGAGUUAAGAGGAUUAAUUCGAAAAUAUAACCAAGUUAUACAGAGGUAUUAUAUCCAGUACCUAGCUGGGUAUGAUGCAGUGGCUCUGGAUCACAUGAUUCAGAAGGUUGUUUGCAUACCUGAAGAAGAUUCAUUAAUAUUGUCAUCAAUAUGCAACACUAUUUCUCAAUUAAAUGUGAAACAGGUUGAAGAAAAUGAAUUAUUCGACUUCCGUGGAUUGCGGUUAGAUUGGUUUCGUUUACAAGCUUAUAGUAGUGUUGCCAAAUACCCUUUGAAUUUGCAUGAGCAUCGAGAACUCGCAUCAUUAUUAAAUACUAUUGUAUUCCAUACCAAAGUGGUUGAUGUUCUUGAUGAACUAUUAUUGGAGACUUCUGACCUAUCAAUAUUCUGCUUUUACAGUACUGUAUUUGAGAACCAGUUUCAUAUGUGUUUGGAGUUUCCAGCUCAAACACGCUAUAUCAUAGCAUUUCCUCUGAUCUGUUGCCACUUCAUGAAUUGCACUCAUGUAUUAUGUCCUGAAGAAAGAAUCCAUAUUGGGGAUAGAAGCCUGACCCUAGUCAAUGUUUUCCUGGAUGAAAUGUCAAAGGAAGCAAAGGAUAUCAUUACAACAAUCUGUGAUGAGCAGUGCAACUUAAGUGACAAGCUCCUGCCUAAACAUUGUGCUCCUCUAAUUGCCCAAGUUGUUAAUAAGAAACGAAGGGAUAAGAAAAGCAAAGUAAUUUCUGAACCAGGCAAACCAGGAAUGGAAAGUUACAGGAGAACUCGAGAAGAGUUAACUACAAUGGACAAGCUUCAUAUGGCCCUCAGUGAGCUUUGUUAUGCUAUUAAUUACACCAGUACAGUCAAUGUGUGGGAUCAUGUUUUUUGCCCUCGAGAAUAUUUGACUAAUCACUUAGAAAGUCGUUUUAACAAGUCUUUGGUAAAGAUGGUGAUGUUUAAUCCAGAAAACAAUGAAAUUGCAAAGCCUUCAGAACUCUUAAUGAGUGUUCGUUCAUUCAUGAGUGUUUUACAAAGCAUUGAAAAUUAUGUUCAUUUAGAUAUUACUCGGGUUUUCAACAGUGUGUUAUUGCAACAAACUCAACCCCAUGACUGCCAUGGAGACAAAACUGUGACGUUUUUAUACACCAACUGGUACUUGGAAGCUCUGCUUCGUCGUGUAAGUUCUGGUCACAUAUCGUAUUCAAGAAACCAACGAGCAUUUGUUACUCUUUCUGCUGAGGGAAAUCUUCAGUUUAGUGCUGAGGAGUUUUCUGACAUAAACGAACUUCGUGCCUUAGCUGAACUUAUUGGCCCUUAUGGAAUGAAAUAUUUGAAUGAAAGCCUGUGUUGGCAUAUAGCAUCACAAGUGACUGAAUUAAAAAAAUUAGUCGUCAGUAAUAAAGAAAUACUAAUGGCCCUUAGAUCAAAUUAUGAUAAACCAGAAGAAAUGAAAGAUUUAUUAAGGAGGUUGCAAAGACCAAAGAUGGCUCAAAAUGUUGAUAAUGUUCUUCAGAGAAUGACCAUAAUUGGAGUUAUAAUAUGCUUUCGUAGUCUAGCUCAGGAUUCUUUAAGUGAUGUGUUGGCAGAUAGAAUACCUUUUUUGCUUAGCUCAAUCAUUGAUUUUAAACAUCAUGUACCAAAUGGAGAUUCUAUGAUAGUUUCUGAAAUUGCAUCAGCUGCUGGCCUUCCUUGUCGUGUUGAUCCUGCAUUAGUUGCUGCAUUGAGAUCACAGAAAAGUGAACUAGGAGAAGAUGAGUACACUGUGGCCUGCUUAUUGAUGGUUUUUGUUGCGGUUUCUUUACCGAAGCUUGCUCGUAAUGAAGGAUCUUAUUACAAAGCUUCUUUAGAAGGUCAUACCAAUAAUAUUCACUGUCUUGCCCAAGCGAUCAAUGGUAUUGCUGGAGCAUUGUUUACAAUAUGUGGCCAUGGUGAUAUUGAAGAUCGUCUAAAAGAGUUUUUAGCUCUUGCAUCAUCUAGUUUAUUAAGACUUGGACAAGAAAAUGACAAAGAAGCUACUAAAAACAGAGAAUCUGUCUACCUGUUACUUGAUUUAAUAGUACAAGAAUCUCCUUUCCUGACCAUGGAUUUAUUAGAGUCUUGUUUUCCGUAUGCUCUUCUAAGGAAUGCAUAUCAUGAUGUGUACAGAAUGGAAAAUGUAUGAUGAAAUCAACAUAUUUGUAAAAUUGCCUUCAUAAACUUUUAACAUACAUUGAAAGUUUGAACUUUCGAAAGGGUGUAUGGACACAUUGAACUUUUCAUCUGAACUUAUUUAAAAAUUUCCUAAUGUAUGGAUGCCAAUUGUCAGAAUUUUAAAAUGUAUUUUGACAUUGUGAAAAAGUGCAGUUAAAUGUUCAGCCUGCUACAUUCAUUACUUUUGUUGAAAGUGCAUUUAGAUUCUUGGUUUUGACAGUCUUGUCAAUAAGAAUGGAGUCCACUAUUCAAGUGUCAUGUUCUUGGCCUUGAGAGUUUCUCAUAAAUCUGUUACAUUUUGAACUCAUUGCCUAUCAUAAAUUUUAAUAAUGGAGUGCCAAGAGUAUUAAAUGGCAUUGUUUUUAAUGUACCAGAGGUAUAUUUGAGCUCCUCAGUUUGUAUAUAUUGUUCAUGAUAUUUCUUUUCAGAGUUAUUUAACUGUACAUAUAUAUAUUAUGUAUAAAUAAAUAAAUGCAAUAAUAGAUUUUGGAUUACCAGAAUUUUUAUUUCU